AUGCCCGCCUGGCCCGACAUCCUCUCCAAGUACAACAUCCUCCUCUCCCAGUCCCACAACCUCUCCAUGUCCCUCCUCGCCGCGCACAACACAGGUACCGCCCACAGCGCGCAGGGAAACCCGUAUGAGAAGAUCGCUGUCCACCCGCGUGUGGGCCUCACCGACGCGCAGCUCGACAACGAGCUCGUCCCGCUCCUCCGGAACAUCCAGACCACCGAGGUCCUCCGCGCCGAGUCCGACACCGUCCGUCACCUCGCAGAACACAUGGAGACGAAGGGCUCCCUGGAACGAGGCGCGAGAGCAUUGAGGGCAGCGGCGAUGGUGAGGGGGAGAAGCGUCUUCCUGGAUCUCCGUAUCUCCCUUAAUAUUCGUAUAACCACCAUGAACAUCCCCGGCCUUAACAUCCCAGGCAUACCCGCCACCGCCGCACCCGCGCCCGGCGAGGCAGCCAGCUCUGGCCUACCCUUCGACCUCCAAAGGCUCCCCGUCGGCCAACUCGAAUCUCUCCGCUUCAAGGCCAGCCAGAUAAUCGAGUCUAUACAGCUCCUCCAGCGCACAAUUGACAUGGGCGGCCAGAACGCCAUGCCCGCCUGGCCCGACAUCCUCUCCAAGUACAACAUCCUCCUCUCCCAGUCCCACAACCUCUCCAUGUCCCUCCUCGCCGCGCACAACACAGGUACCGCCCACAGCGCGCAGGGAAACCCGUAUGAGAAGAUCGCUGUCCACCCGCGUGUGGGCCUCACCGACGCGCAGCUCGACAACGAGCUCGUCCCGCUCCUCCGGAACAUCCAGACCACCGAGGUCCUCCGCGCCGAGUCCGACACCGUCCGUCACCUCGCAGAACACAUGGAGACGAAGGGCUCCCUGGGUAUGCUUGGGCACGCGCCGCGCACGGGGGGAAGGCCUCCCGAUUACGAGGACGUCCUGAGGGAGUGUGCGCAGAUCCGCGCUGAACACGACGAGCGCGUCGACCGCGCCACGCGUGCGGUCAUGCUCCUCCGCGACAAGUACGACUGGAAGGCGCGAGUUGCUGUCGAGCAGGAGGAGCCCGAAGAGCUCGAUUGGAACCCGGGGCUGCCUGACAACGGUGGGGCUCCCGAGUCGAGCGUAGACAGCGCUGACACUCCGAGCGGAAGGCAGAGCAACGAUAGCGAGGAGGAAGAGGAGCUGGAAGAGGUCCUAGGCAAUGGCGAGCAUACCCCGGAAGGAUCGCAAGGCCUCCCAACGCCGAUGGCUGACGGCUAG